CCCGUGACCCCAACUCCAUCCAGCCUGCCUCCCCACCCCUCUCCCCCCUCCCCGGUUGCUUCCCCGUCCAACCCCCCGAUCUCCAGUCCCCAACUCACCGCCGUCGCCGCCGCCGCCGCCGCCGCGGCGAUCUUUCUCGGUUCGCAGGCGCUUGCGAUCCAUGGACUCCCGGUCGAUCAACCUUCGGGGCUUCGCCGGAAGCGCAGGAAAAAAUAUCAUGCAGGGGAUUGGGGGAUUCGUUUUCGGCAAUGAGGCGUCCGAGUCCAAGGAAGAUAGCUACGUUGAGAGAUUCCUUGACCGCAUAAGCAACGGCACGAUGCCUGAUGAUAGGAGAUCUGCCAUGACUGAGCUACAGUCUCUCGUGGCGGAGAGCCGUUCGGCUCAGAUGUCUUUUGGAGCUAUGGGCUUCCCUGUCCUUCUCAAUGUUUUGAAAGAAGACCGUGAGGAUGUUGAGCUCGUCAGAGGUGCCCUAGAAACCCUUGUGAGCGCGCUGACUCCUAUUGAGACAUCACAGGGACUGAAAACUGAGGUCCAACCAGCAUCAAUGAACUCUGAUUUGCUUUCUCGAGAAACAGAGAAUAUUUCUCUUCUCUUGAGCUUACUGACAGAGGAGGAUUUCUAUGUGCGAUAUUACACAAUCCAGCUUUUAACAGCGUUACUUACAAACUCGUUGAAAAGGUGCCCAGUAAGUCUUUUUCUGUUGGGAUGCAUCCACCACACUUUAAACCUUUUUAACUCCUUUUUACCCUUUUGGUGUUUCAGAUUACAGGAGGCAAUUCUAUUAAUUCCUCGUGGCAUUACAGUUUUAAUGGACAUGCUUAUGGACCGCGAGGUCAUAAGGAAUGAAGCACUGUUACUUCUUACUUAUCUGACCAGAGACGCAGAGGAAAUUCAAAAAAUUGUUGUAUUUGAGGGUGCAUUUGAGAAGUUGUUUAGCAUUAUUGGGGAGGAGGGAUUUUCUGAUGGAGGCGUCGUUGUUCAGGAUUGCCUUGAACUUUUAAAUAAUUUAAUACGGAACAAUGCGUCCAAUCAGAUGCUUUUGAAAGAGACAAUGGGCUUUGACCCAUUGAUAUCAAUACUAAAGAUUAGGAGAGGCAGUGCAUUCAAUUUUACCCAACAGAAGACAGUAAAUCUUCUCGGUGCCUUACAUACCGUCGAACUGCUUUUGAUGGGGGGCCCACCGGGUGAAACAGGUAAAGAUACCAGCAAGAUCACCAAUCAAACUGCACUAGCUCAGAGAAACAUUCUUGACCAUCUUCUAUUAUUGGGCGUUGAAAGUCAGUGGGCCCCUGUAGCUCUUCGCUGUACGGCAUUGCGGUGUAUUGGCAGCUUGGUACUAAGAAAUCCUCAAAAUCUCGAUUCUCUUGCAAGCAAGCAAGUUGGGGAAGAACCUCAUGUUCAGCCUGCACUGAAUGCGAUCUUAGCUAUAAUCCUGCGAACCUCCGUAGCACAGGAAUUUGUUGCUGCUGAUUAUGUCUUCAAGUGUUUCUGCGAGACAAAUCCCAAUGGUCAGGCAUUAUUAGCAUCAACUAUUGCUCCACAUCCAAACCAAGGAACUGCUACCCAUGGUGCUUCUAGUGACAUGCCAUUUGGAAGUGCACUUCUGCAAGCUCUGGUGUCAAGUGAUGUUAAUGGAGAUAUGGAGGCAUGUUGCAGAGCAUCUAGUGUUCUUACUCACAUAAUCAAGGACAACUUGCAAUGCAAAGAUCGCGUAUUGCAAAUUCAGCUUGAAACACCUACGCCAUCCUUGGGACGCACCGAGCCUCUCUUGCAUCGGAUUGUUACGUGUUUAUCCUUUGCAGCUUUAGCAGAAGGAGAAAAUGACCAAAGCAGUCAAUCAGAAGGAUCAUAUAUUCAGCCUGUUAUUCUCCGGCUACUCAUCACAUGGCUUGCGGAUUGUGCAAAUGCUGUAAAUUGCCUUUUGGAAUCAGCGGUACACCUAAACUACAUAAUCGAGCUUGCCGCAAAUAAACGUUUCACCGGUUGCGUCCGUGGAUUAGCUGCCGUUGUUUUAGGUGCUUGUGUCCUCAAUAAUGCAAGCCGUGAGAAGGGCCGAGAUGCCUUUGCUGUUGCAGAUGCUAUAAGCCAAAAGAUUGGCCUUACUACAUACUUUUUGAGGUUCGAUGAGCUGCGGAAAAGCUUUCUUCACCUACCAUCAGGGCAGCAGAACCACAAGCAGCUUUCACGGUCAAGUGCAAACAGUAUGUCUGAUUUCCAAGAGAUUGAAGAGGAGGAAACAAAUAAAGGCGAUCAACAUCCAGUCCUUUCUGAAAUUUUUGAUUCACAAUUAGUUAGUUUACUCAGUAAGCUUGAGACUGAUAUUAGAGAAUGUAUAAUGGAUCUCUUUAGUCGAACAAAGACCGCAACUGCAGUUCUACCUGCUGAGUUGGAGCAGAAGAACGGGGAGGUUGAUGGAGAGUAUAUCAAGCGGUUGAAGUCAUUUGUAGAGAGACAGUGCAACGAGAUGCAGGACUUGCUAGGCCGAAAUGCAAUCUUAGCAGAAGAUCUAGUGAGAACUGGUGGUGGCAGCACUUCAGAUUCUUCCGAGAAACCAAGCAGUGGCCGAGAAAGGGUCCAGAUUGAAGCCCUCAGACAAGAACUGGAGGGCGCAGCACGGCGAAUAGAAGUGCUCAAAACUGAAAAAGCUCAGAUCGAAGCCGAAGCUAGCAACCAACGAAAUCUUGCAGUAAAACUUGAAUCUGAUCUUAAGAGCUUGGCAGAUGCUUACAACAGUCUUGAGCAGUCCAACUACCGCCUUGAUGCAGAGGUGAAAACCUUGAGGCAGGGAGGCAGUGCUCCCUACCCAGACGUAGAAGCAAUAAAAGCGCAAGCCAAGGAAGAGGCAGAGAAGGAAAGUGAGGUGGAACUGAACGAUCUACUCGUCUGCUUGGGACAGGAGCAAAGCAAGGUUGAGAAGCUGAGUGCACGGCUGGCAGAGCUCGGUGAGGACGUGGACACCCUGCUGCAAGGUAUCGGCGAUGAUGCUGCCUUGCCACCAGACGACGAUGAUGAUGAUGACGACGACGACGAUGAGAAGUAACGUGUUUUUGCUUCACUUUCAUCUAUGGUGUAUCCUAGCAUCAUUUAUCCAAUCAUGGUGAUGUGGGCUUGUGAUAACAAUUGUACAGUGGAAUGUUGGUGACGUGUAGACAAAGGUGGCCAUUUCAUUUCAAAGUUAUUUAUGGAUGCCAAGACUAAACUGCUGACCCACCUUCUAGUUCAAUUUGGUUAUUUGAUUGA